AUGGCGUAUUUACCUGACGAGCAUCCAAAUUGGAUGGAUAUUGCGGACCCAGAUGAGCUUCAAAGGGUCUCGAUACAGCUAGUCGAAGAUCCAUACUUACUUGAGAACACUCCAACCACCCUAACAGACCUCUCGGGGGAAGAGGAUCUAUCACAAGACGAGGAGGACAAUGAUAUAGAGGAGGCUAAAGUUUCAUAUGAUGAGGGCAUACUUCAGGAUACCCAUGAAAUAGAUGAUAACGACCCCAUUCAGGAUGAGGAGGGUCUUAACAACGAGGAACCCACCACGCCUACUCCACCAUCCUCUUUUCCCUAG